GUCUUAUUGGGGUUGCUGUUGUGGUAUGAACGAACACCCCGUCUAACUCACUCAUCUUGGCACCUUUUGCUUUGAUCAUCGUUUGCCAUCAAAUUCGAUCUGAACCGCUCGCAAACCUUCACUACAGUCAUGGAGUCCAAGCUUCCAGACGAGAUGAAAGCCGUCAUCAUCCAAGGCCGCGGUCAGGCUGCCAUCACCACAUCGGCGCUGCCAAAGCUGAGAGACGGCUACAUCCUCGUCAAGAUCGCGGCCGUGGCCAUCAAUCCAUCGGACUGGAAGCACGUCGACUUUAUGUGGGUGGGCGAUCCUACCGGUACUCGUCCGGGACUGGAAUAUGCUGGUGUUGUCGUCGACGUCGGCCCGGGCGUCGACAAAGAUUUCAAAGCUGGGGAUAGGGUUUUCGGCAUCAUUAAUGGCUCAAACGUGAGGCAGAAGGAGGACGGCGCCUUUGCAGAAUACGCCAUUGCAAAAGCCGCCCUCCAGAUGAAGAUCCCAGAUCAUGUCGAUGACACGGAGGCGGCAGCCAUUACUUCCGGGCUUGUGGCCGUGGGACAAGGUCUUUACCAGUCUUUGGAGCUUCCGCUUCCCACCAGCCCAUCACCGGAGCCGAUCCCUCUUUUGAUCUAUGGCGGGAGCACAGCAUCAGGCAUCAUGGGCAUCCAAUUCGCCAAGUUGUCCAACUGCACCGUCGUUGCGACAUGCUCGCCAAAGAACUUUGAUUACGUCAAGUCGCUCGGCGCCGACUUUUGCGUAGACUACAGAUCGGAAGACUGCGCCGAGCAGAUCAAGGCUUUCACCAAGGGAAGACUGAGACAUGCCUGGGACUGUAUAGCUACCGCGCAAUCUGCCCGCGUCUGUGCCUCGGCCAUGUCGAUUCGAGGCGGUCACUACAGCAGCCUGCUCUACCUGGUCCCCUCCAUCGUCAAGAAGAUCAACCCCAAGAUCAACUGCUCUACCACGCUGGGAUACACCAUCCUGGGAGAGACCAUUGAGAAAGAGACGGUCAUUGAGCCGAGGCCCGAUGACUACGAGUUUGGCAAGAUGUUCUGGGGCGUCAGCGAGAAUCUGCUGCAAGAAGACAAAUUCCGCCCAGUCCGGCAGAUUAUCAACGAGGGCGGCGAUGGACUAGAAGGUGUCCUGCAUGGUAUUAAGUACUUGAAGCAGGGGAACGUCAGUGCCGGAAAACUAGUUUACACGAUUAAUUAAUUCUUAUCGAAAAUGAAUAGAGCUGCAGUUGUGAGUUUUGUCAAGGCAGCCAACGAUUCCGUUCAACCAGCUUCAUCCAGCCAUCUUGCUGUGACGCUUUGCCAGGAUAGGAUCUUUUCCUCAGCCCAUACACUUCUUCAGAGAAACAAACAGGGUAGAAGCUCUGACGAUGGGACGCUCUGACAGCAAAGUAGACUCUCGCUCACACAUUCGUCCCUCCCCCGCCCCCCACCCGGUAUCACCCAUCAUGACUCGAUGAUAUCGGCCCGGCCCUCGGAGAGCGAAACACCAAACAAACCCAUGGUUAUUGCAAGCCGCCCAAUUCCGAGCGGUCCGGCGCAACGAAACGGGUUGCCUGACUCAGCUUAUUCCCCCCCCUCUCCUCCCUCCCUCUUUCGGCGAUUGGACCCGCCCCGGCCCGGAGGCGUGUAAGUCAACUCGGUUGCUUAGGCGUUCGAU